GGCGAAUGUUGUGAAAAGGAGAAGGACUCCAAGGAUGGAGACACUCUAUCUCGUUUUGGUUUCUCUACUGCUUUUGAAACGUGGACGCUCUGGGCUAUUAAGCUUGUCUAUCCAGGAAAGCAAUAGUCUUUACAAGCACGUGCUGCUUGUGCUGUAAGAAGGAACUGGAAUCAAAUAGACUCUGCUUUCCUCAGUAAUUAUGGAGCAAAGUGGUUCCUGCUUUGAGUCAGAACUUGAUUUCUGCCCUGAAUGUGGCACUGUCCUUCCUUUGCCCGGUCUCCAAGACAAAGUGUUCUGUCCCUGUUGCUCCUUCUCCAUCGAUGUGCAAGAUUUUGAAGGGAGAGUGAUCCAUACAUCCAUCCCAUUCAACAGGGUAGAUGUCAGGUCUCAGAUAACAGUGGAUGAAGGGCAAUCGGUGAAGGGACCCUUGAUUGACAGGAAGUGUCCUCAGUGCGGGCAUGAGGGCAUGGUAUACCAUACUCGACAGAUGAGGUCUGCCGAUGAAGGGCAGACGGUCUUCUACACCUGUGCCCAGUGCAAGUUCCAAGAAAAGGAAGAUUCUUGAUCACGUUUGUUCAUUUGUGAGGGCAGAUACUGACUGAAGAAGUCUCCUCCUAAUAGACUUAAAAUUGCUUCAGACUGACAGUGUAACAUUUUUGUGUACCAUGGAAGCAUUCUCUUGUUUGACUCAGAUGAUUGACAAAUGGUGUUUGUAGCCUUUGGCCUUCUGUGGUGUGCUGCAUCAGUGGCCAAACUUCAAAUGAUCCUUCUAUAGAAUCAGCAGUGAAAGCAUCACAUCAGAAAUGGCCCUUCCUUGCUCAGGUCCUGGCUUCUCUUCUUUGGCCAAGAAAGGAGGAUAAGUUGCCUAUAUGUUGAAUAUAGGGAAAGUAUGCGGCUAUUGCAAGUCUGCUGCCACUGCCAUCAACCAUCUCUCGGAUGUUUAUCUCCCUCUAACUUAUGGCUCUCUAUGCUCUUCCCCUUGCCGCUGCAUGUGUACAACUGUUUCAAGAACUCUUUUGGCUUAGUCACAACCACAUAAUUGCCUCUGUACUAGUUUGAGUAAAGUACUGCCCUUUGAGGAAGCACUGCAGUGGAGGCAAAACUUGCCCACGGGCCUUGACUCCAGGUAGCCCUUUCUCCACUAACUGGGUCUGCAUCACAGGGAGUGGGAUGGACUACGAUGUCUGCCCAACACACUGCACCUGCACACAUCCAGAAGCCUUUGCAGUAUACUGGCCUUCCCAUCCCUACAUGCUUCCCAUAGUAAUGACGGGUUUCAUGUUAGCUAUCAGUCAAUACAGUAUUAUGGGAUAUUGUUUUAUGUGAUAUACUCCAAGGCAAAAUAGGAUCCCCUGUUCCAAAAAUUCAUAUUCUCAGAAUUCUUUGCAGCAUCUGGCAUAGUUUGCUUUUCUCUACUUUAUAAAGCAAGUUUUUAACACUUGUAUAUUUUGGAGAUCAAGUGAGAAUAAUUUGUAUUGGGUACACUACUUAAUAUUUCUGUGUAACCUUAUCUGAAAGAAUUAAAUUGCUGCAGAGAAUGAGAGAUUGGUUGCUAACAUUAAAAUCUCUUCACUCAA